AACCGUGCGAACAAUUUGAGAGAAAACAAAUAGAGGUUAUAACAGUGCGCGUGAGAGUGUGAAGAGUGGUCAGCGGCAGGCGGGAAAUAUACCCGAGCUUUUCUUUCUUGACAUGCCUUCUGCCACUAUUAGCGAUCUCCACUUCAAAUGCUGCGCGGCAGUGCAGCGGCAGCUCACACCGCCGCUUGACUCGCUCCAAGUAUCCCCCUUCUCCUAAAGCUGCCUGUGUCUCUCCCCCCAGAUGGAUUUUUUCAAACUGCGCCCUGCCUAGCAUGGAUUCCCCUUCAGGUCCCACACCAUCUCCUCCAUCAUCAUCAUCACCAUCAUUUUCUUCUUCAGCCAAGGACUAUUAUAUUUUCUUCUUGGUGCAGUGAGCCGGACACGCAGUGUUUUUCUUUUUCUUUUUGCCUUAUGGAUGUAAGGAGGCAGUCGACCAACCUGCCGGAGUGAAAGAGAAAAACAUACACCUGGGAAAUAUACGGAUUCUGGGAGUAACAAUACUGUGCGGCGCACAAGCAACAUGAAGAUUAUUUCCCAGUUGAUGUCGAGCUGCAGGCUGCUACUGCUGCUAUUACAAUGUGUGGGAUAUUCUCAUGGGAUGCCACAUGUCUUGAGAUUCGGAGGGAUAUUUGAGUCCGUCGAAAGUGGACCGUCGGGUGCUGAAGAACUAGCCUUUAAAUUUGCUUUAAACACAAUCAACAGAAACCGAACUCUACUGCCAAACACCACUCUGACAUAUGACAUCCAAAGGAUAAACAUCUAUGACAGCUUCGAGGCCUCCAGAAAAGCCUGUGACCAACUUUCUCUCGGAGUGGCAGCUAUAUUUGGGCCUUCUCACAGUUCCUCAGCUAAUGCUGUCCAGUCCAUCUGUAAUGCACUGGGGGUGCCUCACAUCCAGACCAAGUGGAAGCACCAGGUUUCAGACAACAGAGACAUCUUCUAUGUCAGCCUAUAUCCAGACUUCUCAUCCUUGAGCAGAGCAAUCCUGGACUUGGUCUACUUCUUCAAGUGGAAAACAGUUACAGUUGUUUAUGAUGACAGCACUGGUCUAAUUCGAUUACAAGAACUUAUCAAGGCCCCAUCGCGGUACAACAUUCGAUUAAAGAUCCGGCAGCUUCCAGCAGAGACCAAAGAUGCCAAACCGCUUUUAAAGGAGAUGAAGAGAGGGAAGGAGUUUCACAUCAUCUUUGACUGUGGACAUGAAAUGGCUGCUGGGAUCCUAAAACAGGCUCUUGCUAUGGGGAUGAUGACGGAAUACUAUCAUUAUAUUUUUACCACACUGGAUCUGUUUGCCCUUGAUUUGGAGCCAUAUCGGUACAGUGGUGUAAAUAUGACUGGCUUUCGGAUUCUCAACACCGAGAACAGCCAGGUGGCUUCCAUCAUAGAGAAGUGGUCCAUGGAACGACUUCAGGCUCCCCCGAAACCUGAAUCUGGUCUACUGGAUGGCUUCAUGACAACGGAUGCAGCCCUAAUGUACGAUGCUGUGCAUGUGGUGGCCGUGGCUGUGCAGCAGUCUCAGCAGAUCACUGUCAGCUCAUUACAGUGUAACCGACAUAAGCCUUGGCGCUUUGGGAACCGCUUCAUGGCCCUCAUCAAAGAGGCCCACUGGGAUGGCCUGACUGGGAGAAUAACUUUCAACCGGACCAAUGGCUUGAGGACAGACUUCGACCUUGAUGUUAUCAGCCUGAAGGAGGCGGGAUUGGAGAAGAUUGGCACAUGGGACCCUCCAAGUGGCCUGAACAUGACGGACAACCAGAGAGGGAAGACGACUAACGUAUCGGAUUCUUUAUCCAACCGGUCCCUCAUCAUCUCAACUAUACUGGAGGAGCCGUAUGUGAUGUUCAAGAAGUCUGAUAAGCCUCUGUAUGGGAAUGACCGCUUUGAGGGCUACUGCAUCGACCUGCUGAGAGAGCUUUCCAACAUCUUGGGCUUUACCUAUGAAAUCCGCUUAGUAGAAGAUGGAAAAUACGGUGCCCAGGAAGAAACCACAGGCCAGUGGAAUGGCAUGGUUAAGGAGCUAAUGGACCAUAGAGCUGAUCUGGCGGUGGCGCCUCUUGCCAUCACAUUCGUGCGUGAGAAGGUUAUUGACUUCUCCAAGCCCUUCAUGACAUUGGGUAUAAGUAUACUCUACCGCAAGCCAAAUGGGACCAACCCAGGGGUCUUCUCCUUCCUCAACCCCCUCUCGCCCGAUAUCUGGAUGUAUAUUCUGCUGGCUUACUUGGGUGUCAGUUGUGUGCUGUUUGUCAUAGCCAGGUUUAGUCCCUACGAGUGGUAUAACCCUCACCCUUGCAACCCUGACUCGGAUGUAGUGGAAAACAAUUUCACCCUGCUUAAUAGUUUCUGGUUCGGAGUUGGAGCUCUCAUGCAGCAAGGAUCUGAACUCAUGCCGAAAGCCCUCUCCACCAGAAUUGUCGGAGGAAUCUGGUGGUUUUUUACUCUCAUCAUCAUUUCCUCCUACACGGCAAACCUUGCAGCCUUCCUCACUGUGGAGAGGAUGGAGUCGCCUAUUGACUCUGCUGAUGACCUUGCCAAGCAGACCAAGAUAGAGUAUGGCGUGGUCGAGGAUGGUGCCACAAUGACUUUCUUCAAGAAAACCAAGAUCUCCACUUAUGAUAAAAUGUGGGAAUUCAUGAGCAGUCGGCGGCAUUCGGUGAUGGUGAAGAAUGUUGAAGAGGGCAUUCACCGAGUACUCACGUCAGAUUAUGCUUUCCUCAUGGAGUCGACAAGCAUUGAGUUUGCCACACAACGCAACUGCAACCUCACCCAGAUUGGAGGUCUUAUUGACUCACAAGCCUAUGGGGUUGGCACUCCAAUGGGCUCUCCAUACAGAGACAAGAUCACUAUUGCCAUCCUGCAGCUUCAGGAGGAAGGCAAGCUGCACAUGAUGAAGGAGAGGUGGUGGCGAGGAAACGGCUGCCCGGAAGAGGAAAGUAAGGAGGCCAGUGCCCUCGGGGUGCAGAACAUUGGCGGAAUCUUCAUCGUUUUAGCCGCCGGACUUGUGCUCUCCGUGUUCGUGGCAGUGGGAGAGUUUAUUUACAAGUCCAAGCAAAGCGCCGAACUCGAAAAGGCCCAAUGGCGACAACGAGAUAAGAAACAGGUCCCUCUGCAGAGUCAUGGUGGACGAACUGAGGGUGUCACUGAAGUGCCAGCGCAGGCUCAAACACAAGCCUCAGCCGCCCGUCAUGGCGAAAACGGAGGAGGUUAUCAACAUGCACACCUUCAACGACCGCAGACUGCCAGGGAAAGAGACCAUGGCAUGAAAUGGGAAUCACUUUCUCACCCUCACCUCCGCAAUGAGGAGGCAUGUAGAGACACUUGGAAGAACCGUGGGGGAAACUGGUAAAAGGGAGGGAAGUACACUUUGGGUUAUUUUUGACAAUGAGCAGAGAGAGUUGCUUGAGAGUGCAUUGACAAGAAGUCAUUCGUAUUAAAGAUUAACUUGGAUUCAAUAAUAUUUCCUGUGGAAAUAACUUGAGCCUAGGAGAAAUUUCAGCUAGUUACCUCAUGAUUCCUAUCACAAUAAUAAGGCGCAAAGUACAGGGAGUGGAGUUUUAAUGGCAGAGGUGGGAAUUUUCAAUUUUUAACAAUGGUGGAAUGGACCCUGUCAUCGUCAUAUUAAGUUACUUAAACUGCAGCGGCAACGUGAACAUCUUAAUCACAGAUUUCUUUGCUAUGGCCGUAGGUAAAUUACAUAGAGAGGACUGGAAACGAACAACAAAUGUUUUGUCUGUUUUCAAACCUUGAUAGAAGGAGCAAAAAGGCUCUCAACUCACGUUAGCCCCGAGCCUCAAAGACUGCAACGAGUGCAGCUGAUUUCUAUUUGUGUGGGGGGGAAGCAUUGUAUUUCUUUGUCACAUAAUGUGUAAUUAAUUGAGGAAAAAAUAAGAUCUCAUCCAUCGGGCUAGAAGUGAUAUUUAAUUUUAUUUGUGUUUCAGAGUACUAAAACUUUUAGUCUUUAAAUGUAGUGUAUGGGAAGGAUGCAGAAAUAUAACCAAAGGAUGCAUGGUUUAGCGCUGAUAUAGCAAGCUGUCGAGUUCCAUGUAUUGUAUCCGCCUGUAGUCGUAACUCGGGAUUAAAUGAAGCGCAUAAACCAUUACCUUCAAUUUAGAGGAAUUGUAGGAUGUGAUUGGCCCAGCUCCACUGAUCCACGGCAAUCACACGCAAAGAAAUUGUAUUUAUUCAAGUAUUUAUUGUUUUAUUUAUGAAAUUCUUUGUUUAUAAAGACGGGAUUUUCACUGCGGCAGCAAAUCUCAAGCUCACGUGUGUAUGAGUAUGCUAAAGUUUCUGACAAUAUGCUCUGUGUAAUGUCUUUUGUGGCUUUUUUUCAUUUUCUUUACGACAAAUCUAAUAUUUAUGUGCAUUUACAAUUUGUAAGAAAAGAUGUUUUGUACAAAGAGAGCCAUCAUUUUGUCUUGGUUUUUACCAUCAUGAGCGUCACCAUCAGGAGUGUCAUUCAUGGUCGUAGGGCAGGGGCGUAGCCAUCAUUUCAGAAGUGUGGGGGACAGAUUGUUCAGGAGUCAAGAUACGUUUACAGUUUUCUUGGUGGCUACGGCAGUCUUCAGGCCACCGUAGACUAAACGGGAUGGUCGUGUAACCAAACAAAACAAAAAAAGGCUAAAAUCCCACAACACACUAAAUUUCGGAUAAAUGGGGUGAUGUGAGCACCAGAAAAGCAGUGCAAACGUACCUUAAGACCACCUCUAUGAGCAAAUGAUAAUUCUCUCAAGGUUCAACUUCUCCUUAAAAAUAACCAAACUGGAUAAGGUAAAACACAAUGACAGUAAAUCUUGAAUAGCCAAAUAAUUAAGGGGUAUAUUGUCUCAAUUGUGCUCAAGUCAGAAAGGGGCGUAGCAACGCACGUUCGUGGCUGCGCAGAUGCUCGCGUCAUAUUAAUUUUGUCACUAAUGCGCCUUCAUGGAAUGGACGCACUCUGGGUGGAACGACCGUCAAAUAAGGGCGAAUUCAGCCUGUCAAAUUUCGUCAAGUGCUUAUUCUCCCAAAGACUUAAGCACCUUUUCCUCUAAAGCACUCCAGAGGCUGAAGUACGAUCUGUCAUACUGCACAUUUUGAUUGAUUUCAUCUGCAACGGUUCUGUCAAUCGGCAUCCUUGUGCUGACGCGGAGGUAGAGAGUGGGUGGCGGCGGGGGCACACCUGGCCAUUAUAUGCUCACCGACUGUCCAAUGGACAUAAUGUAUCCCUACUGCAUUCCGCCGACGGCUGAAACCUUGAUAUUCGAUUCUAUUAACCCUUUCAUGCACCCUGUAACCCAAUAACAUGAGAAGAUGUCCCUGAAAGAUUUAAUUGGUGAAAAAGGGGCAGGGCCAGCAGCUUCUUUUUUUUUUCACCUGCAAGGAACAUUUCCGAAUGCUUGAAGGGGGUUUGGAGUUUGGAAUCGGCAACUACACCCAUUGUAAUCAAGUUAUAGAUUUUUAAUCUUUUGUUAUUUAUUAUUUGAUCUCGUGUGGUGUGUUCGGAUUUGCUUAUGUGUGUUUGAUCACGUGUGACGCAGCAUUAGGCAAUCUGAUCAACACCCAAUUGCUUUGUACUGGCUCCAAACAGACAUUCAGUCUUGAGCAUAAUACUCAGAUUAAUUACUUUGAUUCGAUUUAUUAAAUACAGAAUG